UUCUAGAGUCAUCGAUCGGGUAUCGCGAGAUUUUGAGUCGUUUGGCUGCAUCAUACGUAGGCCAGGCGCCAGAAUCGCUAAAACAUCGCGAGAGCUUAAGCUACCCCGCAAACCCAAAGAAGCAGCUACCCCGCUAAACACGAUAGCUGCCAGUGACUAGCUGUUAGCUCAAAUGACAACACGAAAAAUGGAGGAGGCGGAGACCAACAACAUUAGCCUGGGCGAAAGACGUGAUAAUACACCGAGACAGAUUUUCAACGCACCGGGAAAACAAAAAUCCAAGGUUUGGACAGUGUUUGGGUUUUAUAAGAUGGCGGGGAAGCUCGACAGAAGCCAUGCUAUUUGUAAACUUUGUAGAGCCUUGUUGACCUACUCCGGGAGCACUACAAAUCUGGACCAGCAUGCAAAGAGAAAACACGGUGAAGAGUACGGUGAGUUUACCGAGCAGAAGCGUGCAGGAACCAGUGGCAAACAGGCAAGGACGGAGAACGCCAUUCCUACUUUUUUCCAGCGACUUGGUCAAAACUCAGCACGCGCUAGGGAAAUCACGGCAUCAAUAACACGUUUUAUUGCCAAAGGAUUAUGUCCUUACAAUAUUGUCGAGUGGGAAGGAUUUCAAGAUUUGAUUCAUACAUUAGAGCCCAGAAAUAAGAUACCGUCCCGAAAUCAUAUCACCAACACGUGUAUGCCAGCGCUGUAUGCCCAGGUUAAGAGCCAAGUUGAAGAAAAACUGGCAAAAGCAGAAAGAGUGGCAAUAACUACUGAUGCUUGGACGUCAUGUGCGACGGAGUCAUAUGUGACCAUCACAGCCCAACACAUCGCUCCGGAUUGGGAGUUACAUGUUUACGUCUUACAGACCCGGGCAUUCAAAGGAUCCCACACUGGGAAGAAUGUAGGUGCUCUGCUGAAACAGGCAUGUGUUGACUGGAAGAUUCUAGAUAAAGAGCCAGCCCUGGUGACUGACAACGCCACAAACAUGGUUUUAGCUGGCGUGGAAGCAGAAAUGACUCCUCACCUCAUGUGCUUUGCACACACUAUAAAUCUGGCCACACAGAAAGCCUUCAAAGUGGACACAGUAGCAAGGUUGCUGGGAAAGGUGAGAAGAGUGGUUGGCUUUUUUCACCGCAGUGUCAGGGCAGCAGAAAUUCUACAAGACAAACAGAAACAACUUGCUUUGCCUACCCACAAACUCAUCCAAGACGUGUCCACCCGGUGGAAUAGUACCCAGAUUAUGCUUGAACGGGUACUCGAACAACAGCCUGCCAUCUCUGCUGCACUCAUGUCCAGGGAUCUCAGAAGAGGAGAAGAGCUUAACACUCUGAAGGACAAAGACUUCUGUGAUGUUGAAGACAUUGUGAAGCUGAUGGUGCCAGUCAAACUUGUGACGAUCAGCAUGUGUGAAGACAAGCGGCCCACACUCUCAGUGAUUUCCCCUGUCAGAGAAAAGCUUAAAAAGACAUUUGAAGCAGCAGAUGAAGACUCGGUAGUAAUCAGAGAGAUGAAACAAGCAUUCAGAGAGGACUUGGAGAAGCGCUACACUGGCCUGGAGGAUCUGUUCCACACUGCAGCAGCUCUGGAUCCCCGCUUCAAGUCUCUGCCCUUCCUGACGGACCAUGAUGCUGAGCGGACGUUCGCAAACAUAACAGUAAAAGCUACAUCCCUGCAUAACAAGGCUUUGGCAACAGGGGAUCCAGUCCAUGGAGGCCCACUGCAGACCACUCCAUGCCAGACUGAACCUGCCCUUGGAGAGCUGGGCAUCAGGAUUGAUGCCCCUCAGACCCAACAUGAGCCAGAAGAUGAUCUCCCUCCUUUCAAAAAGAAGAAAAUAUCUGCCUUGGACCAGCUGUUGGGAAAAGACUUUGAAGUGAGGAUGGCGGCUACAUCUGUGAGAGACAAGGCCAGUGAAGAAGUCAAAAGGUACAGAGAGCGUGCUUCAUUGCCUCUGGAAGAAAAUCCUCUACAGUGGUGGAAAGAGCAGCAGGACUUGCCACUGCUGUCAUCUCUUGCUAAAAGAUACCUCUGCAUCCCAGCCACUAGUGUGGCCUCUGAACGGGUGUUCAGUACUGCUGGAGAUAUUGUUUCCACAAAACGCAGCCUACUCAAACAUGAGCAUGUGGAUCAGCUCAUUUUCCUGAAGAAAAAUCUGCCCUCCAAAAAAAAUAAAAACUGAACAGUGAUCAGGAGUAAAAUGACAGAGAACAUUCACAGGCGUUCUGUAAGUGAAGUGAGCUAUUUUUCAGUUUCUGAUUGGAUAGAAAUACCUUUAUCUGGUCAAAAAGCAGCAGUUUGAUUUUAGUUAUAUUUAUUUACUCUAAUUUUGUGCAUGAAGCACUUGCCACUAUUGAGCAUUGUAAGAAUGAUGUUGCUGCUUUGUCGUUCCACUGUGGUUCCCCAGGCUUGAGGCUACAUUUUGAGAUGAGGCUAAUCAGCUAAUCAUCAGGUUACGGUUUAUAGGUGUGUGACUUGUUUACAUGAAAAUGUUGCACUUUGGUACCUACCUCUAGUGUUCAAAACAAGCUCAGGCUGAAAUCUUGCACUUUUUUAUAACUAGUCUUGCUACUUUUACCUCUGGACUUCCCAUCCAGCAAUCCAACCACAUAUCUCCAUGCCUAAAAAUAAGAAUAGUAACAUGUGGUUUUGGUAUUCUGUUUUUCUUUUUUUCUUUUUCCUACAAGUGCCAUAAAGCCACAAUGCUUAAGACAUGUUUUUUUUUUACAUAUUUGAAAAUAAAUGUGGUACUGUCACUUUAACAGAACUGUGUUAUUUUCUUUAUAAAAUAUGUUCAACGAAUAUAAACUAGAGAAUCUAAUUGUUUAGUUAUUCUUACCGUAUCGAAUAGUUAAAAAUCGAAUUGAACCGUUUCGAAUCGGUCUGUAAUAAAAGGAUAUCGUUUUUGAAUUGAAUCGUAACCUGUGCAUCUAGAUUCAUAUUGAAUCGUUUUUCACAGAGAGAUGUGCAUCCCUAGUAGUCACACUUUGUUGAUCCAAACACUGCUGAUCUCUCAACACAAAUGAUGGGCAGAUUAAACAGUUCAUGCCGAUGCUUCUCCCACACAACGGGUGUUUGGAUCUAACUUCCGCGUUUAUUGCUCGGACUGUAUCGCAAGAUCUCGAAAAUCCCACGCAUGCUUGUUUGCCCACCUCAGGUCUCCGCACCGGAGCGGAGCCGUUGUAGAGCGGGUACCAGUAAAAAUUGAGUUCGGAAGCGAGCGGCUGCGGAAGGCGGGGGCGGACCGGAGCGGAGCGGAGGUAGUGGAAUUUG